UAUGUAAUAAACGUCAAUAAAUUGGUGAAAGCAGAAUUGAGUUGACUCGGGCGAGUGGCGCACUCGUGUGCUUUUAAUUAGGUCACAGGUUGGGGUUUUUUAAGGUUUAAAAAUCCUUGUUUGACUCAAAAGCAGGGAAGGGUGGAGAAGAAGGUGAAGAGUGAGUAGAUCUGAGUGUGAAGCAAAUUCUCCCAAAGUUUUCAUUUUUUUUCAAUCAAAAGGGUUUUCAAGAGAUGCUCUGAACCUUCUUCUACUGUUCUGGUUCUCCAAUCACUCUCACUCUCACACUAAGCCUCGCCCGUGUUUCAACAAGCUUGUUCUUCCCAUAACCCUUCAAUCCAGACAACUGAAGAGAGUCAUGGCCAUGAACCAUGUCAGGUCUGUUAGACACAUUCUUACCACCAAAGAAGCAGUUGUGGUUGCAUGCCAACGAACUUACGCCACUGGUAAAGCAAAGAAAGGAUCUAAAGGGGGUGGAGCUGGUGAUGCACCCAAAGCAUCAACUCUUAGCAAAGAAGUCAAGUCAAGUACAGUUGUAGGUGCCAACAUUCUCAAGGAAGGAACUGAUCCAAAAAUCCAGCCUGAUUCGGAAUACCCGGACUGGUUGUGGCAUCUGCUUGAUAAACGCAUGGCACUAAGUGAACUGCGUAGGAAGAACAUCGAAACACUACCUUAUGAAGAUCUAAAACGCUUUGUUAAGCUGGAUAACCGAGCAAGGAUCAAGGAGAAUAACUCUGUCAAGGCAAAGAACUGAUUUAAUGGUCAAACAGUGAAAUUAGGGGGAUGUGGAGUUGAAAUAACACUCUGGAGUUUUUCCAUUUCUUUUAUUUUUUUUUGUGGUUCUGUCUUCUGGGAUUCCUUUGAGUAUUGGCUUACAUGUAUGCAAAUCAUUAAACGGAACAAAAUCCAAAGAAUUGCAUGAUUUAGCACUUCUGUUGUUUCUUUUCUUUCUACCAUUUUGCAGUUUGUUUUUAUUUUUCCCUUGGAUGCUUGGUAAGUGCUUUUGUUGAUUGAACAGAACCUUAUUAAUCA